GCAGUGAUGAGCGGCAGCCUUCCCUAAGUGCUGCGGGAACACAGGGAGAGAUUGUGCUCGAGUGCGGGAGAUAACAUGCAUGUGGAGUAUCAGCAGUGACCGGGCUGCCCUCCGAUAGCAUGGCCGGGGAGACGCCUCAGCAACUGACCAGCCCGCGCCCGCCGCACACCACGGCCUGCUGAACCCCUUGGCACGGAGCUGCCGGGACAGCGCCCACCUCCUGAGCGUGUCCAGCUCAGCUGCCCACAGCGAUGGUGGAGAGCUGGCCGCCACAGGCUCACGACCUUCCCGACAGGCUUCAGGGCCCGCUUCCUUCCUCCUGGGACUGGUGGCCCUCAACAAUGGCUGAGGGCCAGGGGACCCCCUAAAGCCCCUCCACACUCUCCAGGGGCCAGCAGCACUCCCGUGCCCGUGGACGAUGACCACUUAUCGGCCCCUUCCCAAUGAUGGCGUGGACCUGGCCACCAGCUGUGGAGCCCGGUCCGAGGGCCUCCCGGGGGACUACACUCCCAUGGGAUUCUGGGUCCAGAAUGGGGGCCUGGCCCAGCCGCUGGGUGAGAGCCCGGCCCCGGCCCCCACACGCCCCAGCCCCACCACCCCCGCAGUGCCCAAGAUGGGUGUGCGUGCCAGGGUGGCCGACUGGCCGCCCAAGAGGGAGGCCCUGAGAGAGCAGAGCAACCCCAGCCCCUCCCAGGACACAGAUGGCACAAAGGCCACCACGGCAGCCCCCCCGCUGCGGAACAUGCAGAACGGACAGCCCCCUGCCAGCGGCCCAGCAGCCUCGGGGUGCCGAGCCUUCCACCGGCUCUCCAGGAGGCGGUCCAAGGACGUGGAGUUCCAGGAUGGGUGGCCGCGGUCCCCGGGCAGGGCCUUCCUCCCUCUGCGGCACCGCAGCAGCAGCGAGAUCACCCUCAGUGAGUGCGACGUGGAGGACGCGGGCGAGCCACCGCGGGGGGGCCGGCACCCCGGGGCGCUGCCCCUGUUCCGGGAGUACGGCAGCACAUCCUCCAUCAACGUGCAGGCCGUGCCCGAGCAGAGCUUCUUCGACAUCCUCAAUGAGUUCCGCAGCGAGCAGCCAGUGCCCCGGGGUUCCCAGACCCUCAAUCACCUCCUGCAGGCUGACCCGGGGGCCCCCCUGGCAGGUACGCCUCGCCCCGGGCAGCCCGCCCAGGACCACCUCCUCCCACUGCAGCCCCUGAAGGAGAAGGAGAAGGCCCGCCGGAAGGCGAUGCGGGGCCCAGGCGGUGGGGACAGUGUGGACUCCUCCAUCUUCCGCAAGCUGAGGAGCAGCAAGGGGGAGGGGGAGGCGGGCCGGGCGCUGGGGGAGCCCGAAGACAGCCGCAGCCCCCCUGAGGUGGGCCGGCCCUGGGUGUGCCAGAAGAGCUUCGCCCACUUCGACGUGCAGAGCAUGCUCUUCGACCUGCACGCCGCCGCUGCUGCCAACCGGGGCUGCCCCGCACCGCGCCGCAACACCACCACGGGGGCCUCGGCCGCCUCGGCCACCGCCUCGCUGGCCGCCGGGGCGCGGGCCCACGGCCUGGGGGGCCUGGACCCCACCUUCCCCAGCACCGAGGACCUUAACUGCAAGGAGAGCCUGGAGCAGGACCUGGGCGAUGACAACAGCAAUGAGCUGUUACUCAGCUGCCCGCACUUCCGGAACGAGAUUGGGGGCGAGCGCGAGCGCAAUGUCAGCUUCUCCCGGGCGUCGGCAGGCUCCCCUGGGGGACCCGGGCCUGAGGGGCGCCCACCUGAGCCCGCCCUCAGCGCCUACCGCACCAACGCCAGCAUCUCGGUGCUCGAGGUGCCCAAGGAGCAGCAGCGGACGCAGAGCCGCCCGCGGCAGUACAGCAUCGAGCACGUGGACCUGGGCGCCCGCUACUACCAGGACUACUUUGUGGGCAAAGAGCAUGCCAACUACUUUGGUGUGGAUGAGAAACUGGGACCCGUGGCUGUGAGCAUCAAGCGGGAGAAGCUGGAGGACCACAAGGACCAUGGCCCUCAGUACCAGUACAGGAUCAUCUUCCGGACCCGCGAGCUCAUCACCCUGCGGGGUUCCAUCCUGGAGGACGCCACACCCACAGCCACCAAGCAUGGGACGGGGCGGGGGCUCCCCCUGAAGGACGCCCUGGAGUAUGUCAUCCCCGAGCUCAACAUCCACUGUCUGCGCUUGGCGCUCAACACCCCCAAGGUGACGGAGCAACUGCUGAAGCUCGACGAGCAAGGGCUCUGCCGGAAGCACAAAGUGGGCGUCCUUUACUGCAAGGCAGGCCAGAGCUCCGAGGAGGAGAUGUACAACAACGAGGAGGCCGGGCCCGCCUUCGAGGAGUUCCUCUCGCUCAUCGGAGACAAGGUCUGCCUGAAGGGCUUCACCAAGUAUGCCGCCCAGCUGGACGUCAAGACCGACUCCACAGGGACCCACUCCCUCUACACCACGUACCAAGACUACGAGAUCAUGUUCCACGUCUCCACCCUGCUCCCGUACACCCCCAACAACAGGCAGCAGCUCCUGAGGAAGAGACACAUAGGGAACGACAUUGUGACCAUCAUCUUCCAGGAGCCGGGGGCACUGCCUUUCACCCCCAAGAACAUCCGCUCCCACUUUCAGCACGUCUUCAUCAUCGUGCGAGCACACAACCCCUGCACAGAGAAUGUCUGCUACAGCAUGGCUGUGACCCGAUCCAAAGACGCACCUCCCUUCGGCCCCCCCAUCCCCAGUGGGACCACAUUCCGCAAGUCCGACGUCUUCAGAGACUUCUUGCUGGCCAAAGUGAUCAACGCAGAAAAUGCGGCGCACAAAUCGGACAAGUUCCACACCAUGGCCACCAGGACCCGCCAGGAGUACCUCAAGGACCUGGCCGAAAACUGUGUCUCCAACACUCCCAUUGACUCCAGCGGCAAGUUCAACCUCAUCUCCCUAACCUCCAAGAAGAAGGAAAAGACCAAAGCGCGUGCAGGCGCCGAGCAGCACAGCGCCGGGGCCGUUGCCUGGCGGGUGUUGGCACAGGACUACGCCCAGGGGCUGGAGAUCGACUGCAUCCUGGGCAUCUCCAAUGAGUUCGUGGUGCUCCUAGACCUCCGCACCAAGGAGGUGGUGUUCAACUGCUACUGCGGGGACGUCAUCGGCUGGACCCCCGAUGGCGCCACGCUCAAGAUCUUCUACGGGCGCGGGGACCACAUCCUGCUGCAGGCCACCGAGGGCUCGGUGGAGGACAUCAGGGAGAUCGUCCAGAGACUGAAGGUGAUGACCAAUGGCUGGGAGACGGUGGACAUGACGCUGCGGCGGAACGGGCUGGGGCAGCUGGGCUUCCACGUCAAGUACGACGGCACCGUGGCCGAGGUGGAGGACUAUGGCUUCGCCUGGCAGGCUGGCCUCCGGCAGGGCAGCCGGCUGGUGGAGAUCUGCAAGGUGGCCGUGGUCACACUGACGCAUGACCAGAUGAUCGACCUGCUGCGCACCUCCGUCACCGUCAAGGUGGUCAUAAUCCCGCCCUUCGACGAUGGCACACCCCGCAGGGGGUGGCCGGAGACCUAUGACAUGAAUACCUCGGAGCCCAAGACCGAGCCAGAGAGCUUGACCCUGGGGGGCCGGCCCCCCUACCGCAGCAACGCUCCCUGGCAGUGGAGUGGGCCCGCGUCCCACAACUCGCUCCCCUCCUCCAAGUGGGCCGCUCCUGCCACCCCGGGCCAUGUCCAGUCCCUGAGCCGGGCCCCGAAGCAGACCCCCAUGGUCCCCUUCCGGGAGUCCCAGCCCCUGCACGGCAAGAGGCCUGUCAGCUUCCCAGAAACCCCUUACGCAGCGUCACCAGCAGGGGGCGACAAAGUCCCUCCCUACCGACAGCCUUCUGGGAGUUUCUCCACCCCCGGCUCUGCCACCUACGCCAGAUACAAGCCAUCCCCAGAAAGGUACGCGGCCGCCCCCCACCCACUGCUGUCCUUUGAUCCCCACUUUGGCCUCGAUGGGACGUCCAGCGGCGAGUCCUCCUCAGGCGGCCUGACCAGCCAGGAGAGUACCAUGGAGCGCCAGAAGCCAGAGCCUCUGUGGCAUGUGCCCGCCCAGGCCCGGCUCACCGCCAUGGCUGGAAGCUGCGGGAGCAAGCACGCCUCCCGGCAGGACACAGCAGGCAAAGAUUCUCCCAACAGGCAUUCCAGAGGAGAGCCUCAAUACUCCAGUCACUCCAGCAGCAACACGUUGUCCAGCAACGCGUCCAGCAGCCACAGCGACGACCGCUGGUUCGACCCUCUGGACCCCCUGGAGCCCGAGCAGGACCCCCUGUCCAAGGGCGGCUCCAGCGACAGUGGCAUUGACACCUCCCUCUACACCUCCAGCCCCAGCUGCGUGUCCCUGGCCAAGGUGCCUCGGCCCACAAAACCCCACAAGCCCCCCGGAAGCCUGGGGCUCUGUGGGGGCGGGCGCGAGGCAGUGGUGCGGCCUCAUCACGCAGACCGGCGCCGAGAGGUCUCCCCAGCCCCCGCAGUCGCCAGUCAGAGCAAAGGCCACCGAGCAAAGCUCUACUCGGGCACCAGCACGCCAACUGGCCUGGCGGGGGGCAGCCGCGACCCCCCAAGGCAGCCCAGUGAUAUGAGCGCGAGGGCCACCUACCCUGCUCAGGUUUACAAGACGGCCAGCUCGGAGACCCCGCGGCCCUCGCAGCUGGCACAGCCCGGCCCCUUCCAGCUCUCCGCCUCCGUGCCCAAGUCCUUCUUCUCCAAGCAGCCCGUGCGCAAUAAGCACCCGACGGGGUGGAAGAGAACGGACGAGCCCCCGCCACGGCCACUCCCCUUCACGGACCCAACACUCCCCUUCACAGACCCAAAGAAGCAGGUGGACACCAACACAAAGAAUGUCUUCGGGCAGCCACGGCUGAGGGCGUCCCUCCGCGACCUGCGCUCCCCCCGGAAGAACUACAAGUCCACCAUCGAGGAUGACCUGAAGAAGCUCAUCAUCAUGGACAACCUGGCGCCCGAGCAGGAGAGAGAAGCGGGGUCGCCGCAGAAGGGCCUGCAGCGGACGCUGUCGGAUGAGAGCCUGUGCAGUGGACGUCGCGAGCCCGGCUUUGCCAGCGGUGGCCCCGAGUCCGGGCUGCCCAGCGACGUGAUCUUCACCAGCACCUGCGCCUUCCCAGCCAGCACGCUGCCCGCGCGCCGACAGCACCAGCACCCCCACGCGCCGGGGGGCCCCACCACCGGCCCCACCACUGGCAACGGCUUCCCAGAGAAGAGAUCCACCAUCUCUUCCUCGGAGCUCUCUCUGGCCGACGGGCGGGACCGGCCACUGCGACGCCUCGACCCCGGGAUGAUGCCACUGCCUGACACGGCGGCCGGCCUCGAGUGGUCCAGCCUGGUGAACGCAGCCAAGGCAUACGAAGUGCAAAGGGCUGUCUCGCUCUUCUCUCUCAAUGACCCGGCUCUGAGUCCCGACAUCCCACCCGCACACAGUCCUGUCCACAGCCACCUGAGCCUGGAGAGGGGCCCCCCAACGCCCAGGACCACCCCGACCAUGAGUGAGGAGCCACCCCUCGACCUGACGGGCAAAGUGUACCAGCUGGAGGUGAUGCUGAAGCAGCUACACACGGACCUCCAGAAGGAGAAGCAGGACAAGGCGGUACUGCAGUCGGAGGUGGCCAGUCUACGGCAGAACAACCAGCGGCUACAGGAGGAGUCGCAGGCCGCCAGCGAGCAGCUGCGCAGGUUCGCCGAGAUCUUCUGCCGGGAUCAGAAGGAGCCCUGAGUCAGCCAGGCUCUAUACCACCGCGCCCGCAGGGGCGACCGAGGAUCCAGCCAGGCCCUGGCCCGGCCCCCCCGCGGCCUCACAGACCUGGCGCCCAGGGCCCACAGGCUCAGCCUCUUCCCAGCGGCCACCUGGGGUCGUGGGGGUGGGGCUGCC